GAGUGAUGCUGUUGCUCAUCAGUGUCUGAACUUCUGCCACGAUGUUGUGCUUCAUGAGCGUCCUCUGGCUGGCUGCCACAUGCCUGGACACAGCAACAGCGUCCUACGCUUUGUCCACCACCAAAGUGACCACGUGUGACACUCUGGGCUAUGUGCAUCGCCUCAGCUGUGAGCGUGGAGUGAUUGCUGUACAGGCUGCACUGUACGGACGCCUGGACAGAGAGACCUGCAGUGAGGGAUGGACCAAUAACCUGAAAGACAUCACCUGCUCCCAAAGCGGCACCAAAGCAGUCCUUCAGAACAGAUGUGAUGGGAAGACGACCUGUGAGGUAAUCACAAAUGCUUUCCGCUUCUCUGACCCGUGCUAUGGCACCUACAAAUAUCUGGAGAGCACCUACGCCUGUGUGCUGGAGGUCAGCAGCAGUGUGGUGUGUGAGCACUACAACACCAGACUUCAAUGUGGGCAGGGUCAGGUGAUCCAUGUGCUUUCGGCGUACUACGGUCGCACUGACCACUCCACCUGCUCUGAAGGACGUCCUCAGUCUCAGCUCCAAAAUAUCCAGUGCAAACUCUCCGUCAUCAGCAACGUGGCUCAAAUGUGCAAUGACAAAUCCAGCUGUUCGGUCGGAGCCAGUAACUCUGUGUUUGGAGACCCCUGUGUGGGGACCUACAAGUACCUGGAUGUCAAGUACAUCUGCCAGAGUCCUCAGCCGGCAGUCAGUGUGGUGUGUGAGCACUCCACCGCCCACCUCCGCUGUGGUACAGCACUUGAAGAAGAGGCUGAUAGGCUUCGAUGCCAAGGAGUUUUCAGCCAUCUACAAGUUACAGAACUUCCACGUCACCAAUGCUACGAGCUCUCCAACAAAGGAGCUGACAUCUUCCUGGAGUCUCUGUUUCACCUCAACUACCUACAGAAGCUGCACUGCAGUGAUGUGACUCUGGUGGUCUUUUUCAUCAUGUCCGCUAAAACCAACGACUUCAGCGUGGAGUCACUGAAAGGAGGAGCAUGUUCCACUCUGCAGACGACUCUGUUACCAGCUGACGCAGUCCAUGUUCAACUUCUGUCAACAGUUCUGCCUUCGAAGCAUCAUUCGACAACUGCACUGAGCGCCCAUCUGAGCGCCUCGUCUGGAGAUGCCUGUGCUGGUUCUAUGUCCACGCUUGACACCUGGUCGCAGUGGAGCCUUCCCAGGCCAGUACAAAGUGAACUUCAUAUGUCUUCUCUACGGACAGUGGGCUUCAGCGUGCUAACAUCCUACACCAUGAUGUCAUGGGAGAACCAACUGAGGCAGUAA